ACAAAAUGAGAAAAAGUGAAUGUUACACAGCUGAAAACGUUCACAAGCUAUCCUAACUUCGUAGAGGAUGGGUGUCCAGUUCUCGUCGUGCUAACAACACUACGCCCCGAAAAAAACAUUACCAAUUAAACAAAAAAAAACAAUAACAAUAAUAUAUUUGUGGUUUAACAGAAAAAAUAUUAUUAUAAUAUUAAAAUAAAAAAAACACAAAGUGAAAUGUUUUAAAAAGGUUUAAGAAAACCCCCAACGAAAAAAGAGUACCUUCUCAAAGCUUUUAUUGCAAAAUAAAGUACAAAUACCAAAAAUCCUUGCAAAUAAUCCUUGACCUGUUUUCCUUAAAAAAAAAACAAAUUUAAAAUUUUUAAUUAAAAAAAAAUUAUAAAAAAUGGCUUUACGUUGUGCUGGUCUUUUCCUGAGCAAGGAGAUGAGCUCCUCUCUUUCCCGUCAACUGCAAAUGCGUGCCCUCAGCACCUCCUCCUCAAUGCAAAACAACAAUUUCCUUAAGGAUUCCCCCAACACCGCUUUGGACAAAACUAUUUUGGAACGCUAUCGCAACUUGGAGACCCCCAGCAAUAAGGUACAGGCCACAUAUUUGUGGAUUGAUGGCACUGGUGAAAAUUUACGUCUGAAGGAUCGUGUCUUGGACAAAGUGCCCUCUGGUGUACAGGACUUGCCCAAAUGGCAAUACGAUGGCAGCUCUACAUAUCAGGCUCGCGGUGAAAAUUCCGAUACCACCUUGGUGCCCAGGGCCAUUUACAAGGACCCCUUCAAGCCUGGCAAAAACGAUAUCAUUGUCAUGUGCGAUACCUACCAGGCCGAUGGCCAGCCCACAGAUUCAAACAAGCGUGGAGCUUUGCAAACUGCCAUUGAUAAGGUAACCAAUGAAGAACCCUGGUUUGGCAUUGAACAGGAAUACACUCUGCUGGAUGUUGAUGGUCGUCCCUUCGGCUGGCCUGCCAAUGGCUAUCCAGCUCCCCAGGGCCCCUACUAUUGUGGUGUGGGUGCGGAUCGUGUAUAUGCCCGUGAUUUGGUAGAGGCCCAUGCUGUGGCCUGUCUAUAUGCUGGCAUUGAUUUUGCCGGCACCAAUGCUGAGGUAAUGCCCGCCCAAUGGGAAUACCAGGUAGGACCCAGUCUAGGCAUGAAGGCCAGUGAUGAUUUAUGGGUUUCCCGCUACAUAUUGCAACGCAUUGCCGAAGAGUUUGGCGUUGUGGUCACUUUCGAUCCCAAGCCCAUGGAGGGUCAAUGGAACGGCGCUGGCGCCCACACCAACUUCUCCACCAAGGCCAUGCGUGCCAAUGGUGGCAUGAAAGCCAUUGAGGAUGCUAUUGAGAAAUUGAGCAAACGUCAUGAUCGCCACAUCAAGGCCUACGAUCCCAAGGAGGGCAAGGAUAAUGAGCGUCGUUUGGUGGGCCGCCUGGAAACCUCCAGCAUUGACAAAUUCUCCUGGGGUGUGGCCAAUCGUGGUGUCAGUGUGAGAAUUCCUCGUGGUGUAGCCGAUGCUGGCAAAGGCUAUUUGGAGGAUCGUCGUCCCAGCUCCAAUUGUGAUCCCUAUGCUGUAUGCAAUGCCUUGAUCAGAACCUGUUUGUUAAACGAAUAAGUGUUUGAAAGGGGAGCGAAAUUAAUAGAAUUGUAAGAAAAAGACAUAAACAAAAUAUAAAGGGGGCUUGACACUUAAAGAUUUUAGAAAAAAAUUUAAAGAAAGCAAAAGAAUUAAAAGUGAAAGGGAUAUGUUUGUCUUUUUUGAAAGAUAAUCCUUAAGUGUAAAGCCCCCUUAUAAAUAAUCCACAAACUCUGGGGAUUCUUUUUAAACAGCUAACAUCACCAAGCCCUGAUUUAAUAAAAAUAAUUUGUGAUUUCUUUUUUUGAUUUUAUUGUUGGAAAUUCAUAAAAAGAACGGGCUUUUAGAACAAAAAACUUUUAAAUAUACACAGACAUAUAUUUUUUAAUGUUGUAUAUAGAACAGAUUUUACUAAAACCUCUUUUUCUUUUGAUUAUUUUGGAUUAUUACUAACCUUAAUGUAAUUUUUCUUAUUUUUUGUCCACAUAAAUUAUGUUUUUAUUAUUAUUUUUUUUUUUUUCGAUAGCAUUUAAGUUAAAUCUGCCAUAAUGUUUUAUAUAUAAUAUAUGAAAACAAAACUGUAUGUAUUUAAUAGCAAAUACUUUAAAAUAAAUAAAUGUAUUUUAAUUUAAUGAUUAUAAAAGAAAAUUAAAAAUUUAUAAGAAAAUUUUUACAAGAAAACAAAAUUUAAGCACAAUUUUUCUUAAUUCUUUUAUUUUGGCUUAAAACAAAAAAUUUUAAAGACAAUGAUUUUAUUUGUUUUAUAAACAAACAAAGGCAAAAAGAUUUUUAAUUUGGAAAAAAUUAAAAAAAAAAUAUAUUAAAAAAUUCCCAAAAUGGCCAAAACGUUCAUUAAACACACCUUAAAAAUUAAAAAAAAAAAUUAGGCAGUAUUUCAAAGAAAAACAAAAACAUUUAUUUAAGUGUGUGUAUUUUUCGAAAAACUUUAUCAAAAAAAAAAUUAAAAA